CAGCUUCAGGCUCCCUUUUGUUCCGUGCUAUGCACCUGCUUGUCAGCCUGUGUAAUGGGACUGCUCCUUUCUGCACUUUCACGUGUAACUUGUGACUUCCUCCAGCACACGGUGGGGUAACUCCUGUAGCACGUGGAUCCAGAAAGUGACAAGUCUACAGAGGACUGGCAGUCUUUUCUAGCUUGGGGAAAAUUUGAAAUUGGCUCAAAAUGAGUGCAAUAUUGGAAACCUCUGAGCUGCCGGCAGUGUUUGAUGGGGUGAAGCUGGCUGCAGUUGCUGCUGUGCUGUACGUUAUUGUUCGCUGCUUGAAUUUAAAAAGCCCAACUGCCCCUCCUGAACUCAUUUACCAGGACUCUGCUUUGGCCCGCUUUCUACUCAAAUCCUGCCCGCUUCUGACCAAAGAGUACAUUCCACCCCUGAUCUGGGGAAAGAGUGGACAUAUCCAGACUGCCCUUUAUGGAAAAAUGGGGAGAGUGAGAUCACCACAUCCGUAUGGACUUCGCAAGUACCUCACGAUGCCAGAUGGAGCGACAGCCACGUUUGAUCUCUUCGAGCCGCGGUCUGAGCACUGCAUUGGAGAGGAUGUCACGAUGGUGAUCUGCCCGGGGAUUGCCAACCACAGUGAGAAGCAGUACAUCCGCACCUUUGUCGACUAUGCCCAAAAAAAUGGGUACAGGUGUGCUGUCCUGAACCACCUGGGAGCCUUACCAAACAUCGAGCUCACUUCUCCACGAAUGUUCACAUAUGGUUGCACCUGGGAAUUUGGUGCCAUGGUGAAUUACAUCAAGAAGACCUACCCGCAGACCCAGCUGGUUGUUGUGGGCUUCAGCCUGGGUGGAAACAUAGUGUGCAAAUACCUGGGAGAGAGCCAGGCCAACCAGGAGCGAGUCCUGUGCUGUGUCAGCGUGUGCCAGGGGUACAGUGCACUGAGGGCACAGGAAACCUUCAUGCAGUGGGAUCAUUGUAGAAGAUUUUAUAACUUCCUCAUGGCAGACAACAUGAAAAAGAUCAUCCUUUCUCACAGGCAAGUUCUUUUUGGAGAUAACAUGAAGAAGCUACAUAGCCUGUCAGAUGCUGACCUGAGCAAGCUCUAUACAGCCACAUCCCUUAUGCAGAUUGAUGAUAACGUGAUGAGGAAGUUCCAUGGCUACAGCUCACUGAAGGAAUACUAUGAAAAGGAAAGUUGCCUGCAGUACUUACACACGAUCUAUGUUCCUCUUCUGCUGGUUAAUGCUGCUGAUGACCCUCUUGUCCAUGAGAGUCUCCUAUCGAUUCCAAGAGCUCUUGCAGAGAAAAAAGAAAAUGUCAUGCAUGUGCUGCCCCUUCAUGGAGGCCACCUGGGAUUCUUUGAGGGGUCUGUACUAUUCCCAGAACCUCUUACCUGGAUGGAUAAGCUCGUGGUACAGUAUGCCAAUGCCAUCUGCCAGUGGGAGAAGACAAAGCCUCACUGCUCAGAUGCAGAGCAGGCCAUGUCUGCCCAGGAGUAAUUGACCCAAAGACUCUGGAUCACUUCAAUUUAUCUCCCCCUAUGGGAACAUCUUGUUCCCUCACCUGCUGCUUCAGGUUUCCAUUCUCCUUGAUAUCCUAUGGCUGGGGUUUGAUCACAAGGUUUUCUUCCAAAGCAGAGUUAAAGCAGAGGUUAACAUCUGGUCAGAGCAUUUUGGAGUGUAUAGUCACUUGUGUUUAUAACUUACUCCUCUGCUUGAGGAAUUAAUUUGCUGACUGUGGCUUGUUACAGGGCAACUGAGCUACAGAUUGCUUGCUUUAAUAUAACAGAAGUUUCAAAUGUCAAAAUCUCUUCAUCUGAUGGUCAAAAACUUGAUCUGCAGCACUUGUUUAAAUAUAAAUGACCAAGUAACUAUCGCUCUGCCCACUGUUCUGGUGCUGGAAAAUACCUGUACCAAGCCACAAGCCAGUAAAUGUUCAAUCUGUAAGCCACUACAAUGUGGCUUGGAAAAACGGAUGCUUGACUGCAAGUGGAGUUUCAGCUUUGCACCAUCUCAAGGGAAACCUUGUAGUUCCUAGGAAUGCACUUGCACAAGUGAUUCACUUUUAAAAAUAUUCAAUUUUCUAUGCUUCAGCUGUCUUUGUUUUGGGGUGGCUUUAUACUGGGACACCAAGUAGAGAAGAGCUGCAACCUGGUAACUCCAGUAAUGUUUCUAUCUGUAAACAUUUUCUCACUUCAGGACCUGAUCAGUCACCUUGUCAUUUUUUGCCUCUCUUUAAAUGCAGUCAUCUUUUCAGUACUGGAUUCUUUGUUUGACCCAGGGCUGGCUCUGGCUUCCAAAUGGAAACACACGAUCAAGAAUCUGCAGGAUUUUUCCAUGAGAUUGAUCUGUUUGAAAGAACAUUUCAUGGAGAGCUAUGUACUCUUAUGGAUUAAUUGGGGGGGGGGUGUAUCUCUUUAGAUUUAUUCACCUUAUGUCAUGGCAAAUAAUAUCAAACUUCUGCCCCUUAGGUUUCAGAGCAUGAAAUGGUUUUCAGACAUGACUUGCCUUACAGUUGAUGGGGAGCAGGAUGUGUCUAGCUCUGUGCAACUGAAAUGACAUCUUUGCAUUA